AAGACCAAACCAGCCAACCAACCCCAAAAAACCCAGAGGGCGUGGGGGGGUGGGGGGAUCCCGUGUCGCCUCCGCCACCCUUCGCUGGAUCCAUUGUGAGGAAAUUGCUAUUCGCCGGCAGCGGCGGCACAUCUGGGCGGGCGCAUCUGGGCAAACAACAUCGGCUCCCGCCGCCUGCCUCCAACGUCCUCCAACCGGCCGAACGGAUCUCACCGGGCCGCCGGGGAGGCUCCUGCUCGUCAGCCCCGGGCUCCUUCUUUCGGGCUGAAUCUUAAAAAAACCCUGGCAGCGCGGGGGGUGGGGUGGGGUGGAAAUAAAGGCUGCUGGUUUUUUCCCCUGGGAUUUAUUUCAUGGGGAUGUGUUCAAGACAAGAGAGGAUUCAGAAGGAUAUUGACGUUGUGAUCCAAAAGUGCAAGGCGGAGAAGGACUGCCUGUUUGCAGAUUUCAGGUACUCAGACUCCACCUUUACCUUCACCUAUAUUGGAGGCUCCAAAAGUGUAUCCUAUUCAGUGCAUGUCUCUGAGGAUUACCCAGAUAACACUUACGUUUCCAGUUCUGAUAACGAUGAAGAUGUGUUAGUUACAACAGAGCCAAUUCCAGUAAUUUUCCACCAAAUUGCUACAGAAUUAAGAAAAACCAGUGAUGUCAACUAUUGCUUAUCCAUAAAGUCAAAAUUACAGAGGGAGAAUGGAGAGGAGUCACGGCACAGCAGCACAGUUGAAGAAGACUCUGAAGGAGAUAAUGACUCUGAGGAAUUUUAUUAUGGAGGACAGGUUAGCUAUGAUGGAGAACUUCACAAGCACCCACAGCUGGAGGCUGAUUUAACAGCAGUGAGAGAGAUCUAUGGACCUAAUGCAGUAUCUCUCAGGGAAUAUGGAGCCAUUGAUGAUGUAGAUAUUGAUCUACAUAUUGAUGUUAGCUUUCUUGAUGAGGAGAUUGCUGUGGCUUGGGAUGUAAUUCGCACAGAGCCUAUAAUAGUGCGACUGCACUGCUCACUUACACAGUACCUGAAUGGUCCAGUGCCAACUGUGGAUGUAUUUCAGAUCUCAACUAAGGAAAGAUUUGGGCUGGGACAUCAGCUGAAAAAAAUCAUGCAGACAUUUGUUACACAACAGUGGAAGAACAGUAAAGAAAAAUCUAACUGUACGCACAAUAAAAAGGUGUCUGACAAAAAGGUGAAAUCCCCUCUGCACAUCUUUUCUACAUUGCGCAGGUCGCCAAGUUACCCUCCACCCGGCUGUGGUAAAAAUAAAUCGAAACUGAAGUCAGAACAGGAUGGCAUCUCCAAGACUCACAAACUACUGAGAAGGACUUGCUCUAGCACAGUGAAGGCAGAGGAUGUGUGUGCCACAAAAUCUCACAGAACCUUUGGCCGCUCGCUGUCGAGUGACCCGCGGGCUGAACAGACACUGGCUCUGAGAUCGCACAAACUGCUGAGCCGUGCGUGCUCCGCAGCUGUCAAGCAGGAGGAGUGCAUCACUUUAAAGCCCCAUAAGGUGUUAAAUAGGUCGUGCUCUGGGGAUCCUCGAUGUGAGCACAACAGCACCUUGAAGCCCCACAAACUUUUAAGCAGAUCCUACUCCAGUAACCUUAGAAUGGAAGAAUUGGAUGGGUUGAAGAAUCACAAGUUGGUCAGCAAGACUUACUCCAAUGCCCCUAAAUCAUCCAAAAUGGAGCCUUUCAAGGAGUCCACCAUGGCAGAGAGCAGGAGGCUCUCUCUUACCUCAGGGCUUAUUGGUAUCUUAACACCAUCCUCAUCAUCACCUUCACAAGCUGCUCAAAAUUAUGGUGCAAAAUGCAUUCCGGUGCGAGACCGUGGCUUUCUUGUGCAGACUAUUGAAUUUGCUGAGCAGCGGAUACCAGUAUUGAAUGAAUACUGUGUAGUUUGUGAUGAACCUCAUGUGUUCCAGAAUGGCCCUAUGCUGAGGCCCACUGUUUGUGAACGAGAACUCUGUGUAUUUGCUUUCCAAACAUUAGGAGUGAUGAAUGAAGCUGCUGAUGAAAUUGCAACUGGGGCACAGGUGGUUGAUCUGUUGGUAUCUAUGUGUCGGUCUGCAUUAGAAUCACCUAGGAAAGUUGUCAUUUUUGAGCCAUAUCCUUCUGUAGUUGAUCCUAAUGAUCCUCAGAUGCUGGCCUUCAACCCCAGGAAAAAGAACUAUGACCGAGUCAUGAAAGCAUUGGACAGUAUCACUUCCAUCAGAGAGAUGACACAGGCCCCUUACCUGGAAAUAAAGAAGCAGAUGGAUAAACAAGACCCGCUUGCACAUCCUCUUCUACAAUGGGUUAUUUCUAGUAAUAGAUCACAUAUUGUGAAGCUACCAGUGAAUAGGCAACUAAAGUUUAUGCACACUCCCCACCAGUUCCUUCUUCUCAGCAGUCCACCAGCCAAAGAAUCCAAUUUCCGAGCUGCUAAAAAUCUCUACGGAAGUACCUUUGCAUUUCAUGGUUCACACAUUGAAAAUUGGCAUUCCAUCCUGAGGAACGGCUUAGUUGUUGCUUCCAAUACGAGGCUGCAGCUCCAUGGUGCAAUGUUUGGAAGUGGAAUCUACCUUAGUCCAUUAUCAAGCAUAUCAUUUGGUUACUCAGGGAUGAACAAGAAGCAGCAGAAGGUGUCAGCUAAAGAUGAACCAGCUUCAGGCAGUAAGGGCAGUAAUACUUCACAGUCACAGAAGAAAGGACAGCAGUCACAAUUUUUGCAAAGCCGUAACUUAAAAUGCAUAGCCUUAUGUGAAGUGAUAACCUCACCUGAUCUGCACAAACAUGGGGAGAUAUGGGUAGUUCCCAACACGGAUCACGUGUGUACAAGAUUUUUCUUUGUUUAUGAAGAUGGUCAAGUGGGUGAUACAAGUAUAAAUACACAGGAACCAAACAUUCAUAAAGAGAUUCUUCGAGUCAUUGGCAAUCAAACUGCUACUGGUUAAAAGGACCACUCUUAUUUAAUUGAUGUGAAGCCUUCCUCAGUCUCAAAGCUGGAUUUUGAACUGAAGAAGAUGCAAAAAACUAAUUUAUUAUUACUACACUAAGCAAAUUAACCAUUUGAAUACUUACUGUUUUCUUACUUAGUAUUUCGUAUCUCAUCAAAAUACCUGAGAUGGUAUCAAUUAGCAACUGUAGGGGUGCAAAGUCUAUUAUUAUAGUAAAACAAUUAAUAAUUAAACAGGCAUUUGAGUUGCUCAAAAUAAACAGACAUUAAAAAGGACUUUUGUGCUGAUAUUUUUAUACUAAACUUCAAUUGGAAGUUUUAGUACUGUAUACUGGUAUUUUAAAUUUAGAAUGACUGAAUUACAAGUAAGAGAGAAGAUUUUAUAGCGGAGCACCUGUGUUAUGCAGGAUACUUUGCAAUAAGUAAAAUAUUCUCGUAUUAAAACACAAUAAAAGGUUGUCUGGAACAUGUAAAAUUGAAGAGAUUGGUUACCUGCAGCUAUCUUUGAUUCUUUUCAUUUUACACAAAUGCAGUUAGCAUUUAGACUCGAAGGUGAAAACAACAAUGCAUUUUUUUAUUUACUGGGUGAAACAAAGCAAAAUGAAUGUGAUGAUGUAUGUUCAGUUUUCUUUAUCUUCUCUGGAACACUGUCUUACUCAUUAAGCAGCUCGGUUGCAUUUUUUAAUUAUACAAGCCUAGGAACACCUGGAAAACCUAAAGCUGUUAGUUUCCUUUUUAGAAUUUUUGUUUUUAUACACUAGAUUUUACAAUUUCAUUAGAUCAACAAAGUUUUUUAAUGUUUGCAUCUUAACUUCAGUGAAACUGCUCUGUGAUGAAAUUCAUCCACAUUUUAAAGUAUGUGCUGAGUUAAGGCUUUUACAUGGUUGAUUUGAUUGUUGGUGCAUCAGAAAAUAUAUACAAAUGCAAAAUUCUACUGAUUUUGUCUUGGUAAAAUAGUUUUGUUAUUUAAUUUCUAAGCGAUAAGAAAUUCAUUUAAAUAUCUCUGUCUUUUAAAUUAACACCUGUUUUUUCCAAGUGAGUAGGAUGGCAACACAGAUAGAGAAGGGUCCAGUCUCCAAGACAAAAAGCAUACAUACCCUGUGCCCUGAUGAAUGCCCUUGGCAACCCUCAAGGUGGCUAUCCUGAAGCAUCAAUCACGCCCUUGAGUAUGGAGAGCAGUUCAUCUUACCUAUCUGUGCAACAGCUACAAAGCCACCUCAGAAAGCAAAAAUAGACUGAAACUUCUCUUAUGUUACUUUCAUAAUAAAGAUACUAAAGCACCAAAUAACAGCACAACAGAGCACAGGUGUGUUUGUUUCUUUUAAACAGAAGCGAAUUAGCUAUGCUGUAAUGGGUGAUUCCUACUUUCUAGUUUAUGCUACACUCCUGUAUUACUUGCAGCAGUUGAAGUGCCCUGCAGGUAAAAUAGUGUCAUUUGGCCUAGGAGCAUAUAUCUGGGGAUGUAUUUUAGCAUUUUACACUUACUUGCUUUAUUUUUUAGUUUUUCUGGGUUUAUAUCCAGACUUGUAGAGCAAAUUCUGUUUGCAUAUCCCCAUUUUGCUGUUAGUUCUAUUGAUUUGCACCCUCAUUUGGUGGACCUCUAAAUUAGAGAUGCACUACUCUAACUUGUCUUUCAUGCUGGGACACAGGUUAAUUUCUUGAAACAAAGAGAUUUCCUGAAACUUGUCUGUCCACAAAGGACUGCCAUAGGUUAUUUGACUGCAAAGAGUCAACAUACAUCAGAAGUGGAGCUGAAACCCUGGCAUGGCCAUCUCUGUGUAGUGGUCCUGCCAUAUGUGUCUGAAUCACUCAGUUUUGCCUAACAAAGAGAAACUGGGAAGCGAGCCCACAAAGAUGUUCUGUUAUUAUUUGCUGAGCUGACAGUCCAGCACCCCAGGAUGCCUAUUCCAAAAAAACUAGGGGAAAAGAGAGAUGACCAUGAGUGAACUGGAGAAGCCAAGUAAACAGUCAUCUUCCCCAUCCCCUCAAGCUUAUAGCAGGGUUAGAAAUGAAACCCUUGAAAGAAGGAAUCUGAAAUGUAGCUAAUGAGUUGACCUCUGUUUGCGUUGUGGAAUCAUGAUACUGGUCAUACAUGGUGCCAUCAUAAGUAUAACCCCAGAAAAGGGAAGGGAAAAAUACAUUGCCGCCAAAUUUUAAGACUGCUCAGAGGUUUGUUUUAAAUGGGUGAGCCAUGGUAAAGGACAGUGUGGGGGAAAGCAGGACUUCAAAUUGUAUGGAGGCCUUGCUGUUGUAAGGUGCCUGUCUCAGGGGGUGCUGAGGUGACUGACAUAAGGAGGUAGAGGGAUGGUGAACAAGAGUAAAAGACAGAAUGUGACAAGCCCAGGGGUUACAAACCAGUGGAAGAGGGCAAAACCUUUCAGGGAGAAAGGUAGUUCUGAAGGGAGAAGAUGGCAUUAGCAGCUCAGGUCCAUGUGGUUCACAGCAGGAAAGCUACAGCAUGAGCAUGCACAGCCCGUGGCAGUGUGGGGGUGCACCACAUAAACAGCAACUGAAUUAGAGCCAAAUUCUUUGGCCAAAAACUCAGUCACAUUUUUUUUAACCAGUAUAUUAAUGAGAAACUUCCAAGGCUUUGUAUUAUUUGCAGGUGAAUUUGAAUCUUCAGAUCAUUUAACGAAGUGUUAGUUCUCAAUAAUUUUAAAAGAUGAGGGGAAGGAGGGAUUUUCAUUUGGCAUCUGUCAAAUAAUCCACAUAUAGGAAAUGUCAAAGCUGAAACAAAGCGUUUUAUCACCAAGAACUGGAAUGUAAAAGUCUGAAGAUAAGAUUCUCUUUGAAGGAUUUGUCCUUUAGGGUUUUAUGCAAAGGUGGAAGUUGCAUGUUGUCAAACGCUUCCACAUAACUUACCUUAGCAUGGAUUCUGGGGGAUGAAAAAUAAAGAUCCCAGGAUGAUUUGAGCAAGACCCUGUGCUAUGCCCAAAGCCCUUGCAUUUCCCUUCAUCAGUUACCAUGCACACAGAUUGGUCAUGGACCAAUCAUUCUAACUCCUGCUGUAAAAGAGGCAGGCUUUCCAUAGAUGAAUUUUAAUCAAAGCAAGUAGAGCCCCAGGCUCUGCCAUCUCAGUAGAAAUUUCCAUGAAGUUUUUGCUAUCGCCAUACUCAGUGUGGAGCAACCAAGGAAGUUCUUGGUAAAUAACUUUCUAACUUCUUGCUAUAUCCCACAACAAAAUGCAAGCCCUCCUCGUGGUGGAAAGGUUUGACAGAAAAAUUAUGUUAGUCCUUUAGUGUUGCACCCUAGUUAUGAAUUGCCGUAUUUAUACUGCUGAACAUCUUAAACUUUUAGAAAGGAAUCCAGAAAGAUGCUUUUAAAUCUUCCUUGAGAUUCAGGCAAGUAUUUAGCAUUCAAGGGCUAAAUUAAGCAAUUUGAGGUAUCUUUUUCUAUGAUAUUAAUCAAUAGGGUCCUGUUUUCUUCAACAGUGCUACACUGUUUUGAUAACCCGAAUCUUUGGCUUCCUGUUACCAUAAAGUGGCCAGGUUGUGUAAUAUUUUGGUUAAUGUUUUACAGGAACUAGUCAAUGACACUAAAAUUUUUAGGCUUAAAUUUUUACACUGCCCUUGAAAAAACUCUUAAUGAAGCUGGAUGAUUUUAACAUAAUAGCUGUUGGUACUAAAAACACAUCUGAUUAAUUAUGCUAAGAUUAUCCUUUUGUUAAUACAAAGUCACUCCAGAUUAAGACUUUGUGCAUAGAUCAAUUAAACUUUGUUUAUAAAUCACUUACUACUGUGAAAACAAUUAGCAUAAUUCCUACAAGGAUAAAUACAAAGUAGAAAAAGAAAAAAGCCAAGAGGGAACAACUGAAUUAAGAAAUUCAUAGUUUAGAAGGAGAUACUAAAAAACCACAAACCCUAAGUAAAUCAAAAAAUAAUAUCUAGUUACUUAAGAAUUAUAUUAAUUUAGAUAGAUUUUUUUCUUGGCUCUGGGAAAUGGAAAGUGAGAUACAAAGAAUAUGAGCCAUGACUCACCACAUGCAGCCUCUGCUGGCAGUGCUGCUGCAGCUGGAAUGGCCCUGGCCACCCAUUCUCUUCUCUCCUGUGGCACACAGCAUCCUGUGGUGUUUCAUUUGCAAAACUGAGGUGUCAGUCUGGUGUCUGUGCAAUUUCUUCAUUACAAACACCACCUCAAGGUGAAGGAUGAGCCUGUUAAGUAAACUGAGCAAGGUCUAUUGCUUGUAGAGCAGAUACAAUUCUGUGAAGCACCGGAUGUUGUUCAGAAAGGAUCUUGAGUCCGGUCAGAUGAAUUUAUUCCUUAAAUAAAUUCCACUCAGGAUGGGGUGACGCGUGCUUCAGAAGGGGAUAAAUAAAAGGGGAUAAAUAAAAGGGGAUAAAUAAAAAUGGGAAAAUUUGCUCCAAGCAGAGCGUCAUUCCGUGUGCACCGUGCUGUGUGAAAUGCACAAGGAUGUCGCCAGGAGUUUAAUUUCACCAUUUGUGUUUGGAAGCAGGUCUGAAAGCACUGACCUCCUCUGUCUGUCCUGGCAUGUCAGUGUUGUACUCCUGCUCACUGGCUGCAGCAACAGCCACUGACAGGAGCAGAAGGAAUAAGACAGCUUGAACUGCUGUUCCAUAGCAUUUUGAUUGCAUGCUCCUGCUAAGUUUCAGUCUGCCACACAACAGCUACAAUGUAAAUUACUGCCCAUUACACUUUGCAUUGGGAUUUUGUAUAUCUACUAGACAUGAGGCUUUUGUAAAGGGAAAAAAAUAGUUUUUAGAUCAACAUAUCUACUGUGUUGAAAACCUGUUGAGAAGAUUGCAUUAAACAUUUAUCAAAAAGUCAGUAAAAAAUAGUCCUUAUACAUAGACAUUUAAUUUAAUGUUCUAAAAAUAAUUUUUGAACUUACCCAGUGUAUAUUGUAUCUUUGAAUUUUAACAAACAGCCACUCCUUUAUGUAAACAUAAAAUAUGCCAAUGUUUCUUUUAACUCCAUAGCCUUUUUUUUUCUCCAGAUAAAUUUAUUAAAUUAUGUGCACAAAAUCAUACUGCAGCCUGCUAUUUAGCCUAUGGUGCCUUAGAGUUACUCAAAUAUUUAACAAAAUGGAGAUAAUGUAAAUACUGCCAGAAGAUCACUAAGGCCAAAUAUUUUCUCUAUUCACUUUUUACUGCACUUGCUUUCUAUUGCUAUUUAAGCCUCUUUUAUUCAGCUUUGUAACAGCUAUAGCAUUGUAGCCAAUGUAAAUGUUUACCUUCAAUAAAUCAGAAUUUGUUCAACAAGCACUGGGCAUUUGGGCACUAUUUUGAGAAUUCUGUUCGAAGUUAAAACAGCCAUUUAAGAAUUAAACUGCAUCUGAAGCAGUUUCUUGACUUUUGCUAAUCUCAAUGACAUCUAAAAGUUAUGUCGUGCUUUUACACAUGUUUUUGAAGUAAAAUUUUUUUGCAGUGAUCUUUUUAAAAACACUUAGAUGAACAGUAAAAACAGCUUUUCUUGCUGUGCUUAUCUGAAUGGGUUACCCAAGUAUAAUAAAGGCAUUAUUUUGCAUGUACAGUAUCAUAAAAUGCAAAAAGAUGUCUCAAGAUGCUUUUUAUAAUUGCUUUUAAAGAAGUCCUCUGUUUUUCUUUAGAGCUGUUUUUGUCAUGAAAACACAGCAAAUAUAUGACAAACCGUGUCAUUCUUUAAUGUGGCUAUGUUUAAAGUAUAAAUACACAUCUGCAACUCAUAAAAUAUGCAGACAUUCGUAGGACUGGUUAUUCAGUGAGUGUACUGGUUUUUUCACUGCCUGUGAGCUCAUUUUAAUUAUAUGGGUGGAUGUAGCUUGCAACUUUCGAAAGUUUUACCUUUUGUUUGUUAAAUUUAUUAAAUUAUGAUUGCAGAUUUUGAAUUGAAAGAGUCAAAGUGGUACUUAGUAUUAUUUUGACUUCUGUGAAGCAUAUUACACAAAUAUGACUAUCAGAGAGACAAAAAGAUGCAUCAUUGCUACUCUAAAUGACUGAUAAUUUGCCUUUGAUUUAAGUGUAGAGGCUGGAGCUUGCAUUCUCUAAUGGAAGAGCUAUUCCAAAUUUUGGGGAUCUUAAAUUUGGAAGCAGUAACUUACAAACUCACAAAAGAAGAGCUGAAUCAGUGGGGAAAUCUCAGACCUCUGUAGAAUUGGUACUCACAGAGAGCAGGAGGGACAGAAUUUAUGUUUGCUUUGAUUUAACUUACUUCAUCUCCAAGUGGCUACAUCACAAGUUCUCUCAAUAUGCACCGGUAUUAAGUUUUCUGUUGAGGUCUUUGGUACAUUGUAUUCACCUGUUGAACAGUUCCAUGUGGGACCCAAGAGAUUAGUAAUUCAAACAGUAAUUGACAGCAGUAAAAAAUCAUUGCUAUGGACAACAGCUACUUUCAAAUGCAUACGUUGCAUUUUUAACUGGGGGAAACGCAGAGUAUCUUCUAAGAAAAUACUACCAUUGCAAAAAGGGCAUACUCUUUUCAUUAAGACAUGUUUGCACACUUGAGCAAAUUCUCUUUUGUGGAAUUAGUGUGCAGUGCAGUUGGAGCAAGUGAUUUUGCGCAGGGGUCACAGCCUUGGUUCCUCCAAGAGGGAUUUGUUCUCCUGAAAUACUGUGAGGCAACUUAAAUAGAGCUGCGUGAAAGGAAUGAAGCCAGAAGUAGCCCAGGGCCUCAACUUUGCCAUGCCCCAGAUCUGAGCACAGUGCAAACACUUUAGGAGAAGAAAACUUAAAGAAUGAAGCAAAGGCCUCUAUGCCUUUCAAAAACCUAGUGUCAAAACAGGUGAAAAAAAGGAACAGCACUUGGAAAAAAUAUUAAAUUGGCAUUUCUAUUAAACAACAUUGUAGAAUCCCUCAGGCUGAUUUUCUUAAAUGUUGCUAACAUUUCCCAUUCACAGUUAAGGGAGAGAAGUGUAAUUUAACACAUAGAAGUUGAAGCCUCUGAACAGGGCAUAAGACCCUUUUAGCAUCAGCACUGUCUGUAGUAAACCCAAGUGCUAGGGAUCAGCUAUUGGAUUCCAGCCAGUUCCAGAAAACUGGCAUUUUGCAAGAUGCUGAAGCUGUGGGAAUUACACUAGCAGCAGGAACAGUGACUGCUGCAGAAGCAAGAACAGCACAAGUCUCUAGGGAUUGUGUCUGGAACAAAAUACAGGAACUCCUGGCUUAUGGUUUGCUCAACAAAAGCCAGAGCUUAUCAUCAGCAAAGCAUUUCUAAUUUGUAACUUUUAAAGAGAAAGCCCUCCAUUGUUUGGGAGAAAUGAGAAGGGGAAAAAAAAGAGUAGUUUUCUUCAACCUGUUGGCCUGUAGCUGGAUAGUUCAGUCUAGUGGCAUGUCUGGGGCAGUGUCCCACUGUACUGGCAUGUAGCAGGUUUACAUAGAGCAGUCGUUAGGAACUUUCUUAGAGAUCUCAGGCAGAAUGAGGAAUGUCUCAAUUGGCUGACAGUUCCUUGGAGCCAGUCAUAUAUUUUAUGUAUAUUUUAAUGGAGUCUUUAUAGGUAACAUAUUCCAGAAAGGGAAUAGGUGGCUGAUACUGUCCUUUCUUCAAGGCUGGUUUUCAAGUCUGAUCACACCAUUCUUCCUGUGUGAGCUGCUGAACAAACAGUUUUGCUGAUUGUUUGUUUUUUUUUUUAAACUUCAUCUCUCCUGAUCUUUCUGUCUCUCCUAGACAAUAACUUGGAGUUUGUGUGUAUUUCUGUUCACAACCAUCUACAAAGGUUAAUUCAGUAUGAAGAAGUUCAGAGAUGAGAGGAGUCAGAGGCUAAACUAAUUCGAAUGAGUAUAAAUAUAAUUUGAAUGAAUAUAGAUGAAAAUAUGUAAGUGUAUAUUUCAAAUUUUGUAUAUAUUUGUAGGAACGUAAGUUGAAACAGAGCUUCUGACUCAAAAUAAGGAUCACAAUAUCACUGUUUACAACCCUUCUGACAAGUGCAAUGUAUUACAAACAGGUUUUAACUACCCUAAUGUGAUAGGUUAGCAAGAUCUGACUUGCUGACUUUUUGUCAAUGACACAUUUUGCUAGUGGCUUUUAAAUUUUUUGCCUGUGAGGAAUUCAGUCACUCCUCCUCUGUAUGUGUUAUCACAUAGCUGGCAGGUUCUGCUUCAUGUGGUAUUCCAUAUGUGUGAAAUUGUAUUAUUCCACUCUUUGGCUUUUUAUUGUCUUAUGCAAACUUUGAUUUCACGCUUGCCAUUCUAAUCAGUAGUACAUGAAUAUCAAAAAUCUAAAGAUCUCCUCGCACCAGUCUGAUUUCAGAUUCCGGCAGAUACUUUAUACUUUGGAACUUUGCAGGGUUUUUUUUUCAGCUGCAUCUCUUGACAGUACCAAUAACAGUCAGUCCAUUUUUUGCCCUGGUUACAAGGGUCUUUUGGUGGUUACUAAACACCUUGUUAAAUCUGAGAGGUGGCACUUCUGUCUCUCUGAGAGUUGAUUUAUCUUUUUUGUUAAGAUCUCUUUUCUUUUUUUAAGUCUCCAAUGGCCACUUCCACUACAAAAAAGUUACAAAAAAUUAGAGGACUUGUUCGGUAGAUGAUAAUUUUACUGUUUGUUAUGUUGUUCAAUGACUUCAUAUUCUGUAUAUCUAUACCAAUGUGACCUGAAUUUCUGACCAUUUGCAAAUCUUUUUCCUGUUGCUCUUAUUACUCAUUGAGAUAGCCUUUAAAAAAAAGUAGGAUAUGAGCAUUAAAGUACAAUACUGGUAUGUUUUGGUUAAAAUGUGAAAAUGUGCAGCCAUGAAUAGUAAAAAAAUUAUUGAAAUUAUAGUCCUUCAAUAUGAAAAGCAUGUGUACAAACAAUUUACUUACACAUGAGAACAAGAAUGUGUGGCCAAAAAGGUAUGCCAAAAAGGCUGCUGGUAAAAGCUAAAGAGUUUUAUAAACACUAUUUCCUGUCUUAAUUUUCUUUCAUCUAAGCAAAUUUGGCAGUCUAAGUUCAAGAUACUCCCUACCUGUAGUUCUGGCUCUGUUUUGAAACAGGGGUCAAAUUGAAUUGCUGGUCUUUCCUUCACAGAUUCUUCUUUUCCUGAGUUUUUAUGAGGAAAGCUUACUGGGGUCUUAAUUACUCCAAAGAGUGUUACUGAUCUCCUAAAUUACUCUGCUUGAACAAUUUCCAUAGAUUGGUUUAAAUUGUAUUUUUUCUUCAGUAAGCUACCAUAGGCAUUUGCUUCUUUUCCAUGGAGAUUUUUUAUGUUUGUAAACCUCAAGUCUUGAGUUUUUUUACUUGAACAAAUCUUUUCUUACGGGGAUUGAAAGACUUGAUGGUAUGUGUGCAUGAGAUUUAUUAUGAAAAUUUUACUUUUGUCUUUGUAAGUGGUGUCUCAGUGGCCUGGGCAGCAGAUGCUUGGUGUAGUGCAACAAUUUAUGAAUUGGUCCCAAUAAGGACUGAUUUUGAUUUUGGCUUUUAGGGUAUCAUUGACCCAUUGGAUAAAGCUAAAAAUCCUGACUAUUCUGAUCAAAUUCUGUUGUCUGUAAAUUAUGUUACUUUGUGUAAACUGUUCCUUUACAUUAUCUGCUCUGUGAAUCUCUAUUCAUAUAUAUUCCUGCCAACUCUACUAUGCAUGAAUGCAAAGAAAGAAACAAAGGUACAAUAAAGAUGUGGUUCAUGGUC